AUGGGCGCUCACAAAAACAAAAUUUGGUAUUCAGAAGAGGAUAACAAUCACACUUCAGACCUUUCAGGUGUUCAGAGCGACAAAAGUUUUAUUUAUCAGCUGAACAAAAAUAUAAAAUCUGGACUGACACCCACCAUGAUCACAACCACCAAUUCCAAUAAUCGCUACUCUAACCACUACUACAGCCGCACAGGCGAUGCCGUUGAAGGAGAGGAUGUGCCUAGUUCCGCAACCUAUGUAACGUUUGAGGCCAGCUCAGAAAAUUCCUUGGGUUCCAAUCAGAGGUGUGUAAGCCUCGAGGACGCCGGUAAAUUUAAAAAGGGCCGCAAUUGCGGGUCGAAAAGCUCACUUUCCCGAAUCGCUAAGUCACUAUCGCUUCUGUUUUUUCUAAGUUCCUUGAAUCUUGGCUGCCUGGCUUUGGGUUCUCUGGAAUCGACCGCCAGGUCCGUGCCUCCGGCGAUCUCGCUGUUGCAGGGGGAGAGUGGUUCGGUGCUUUCUUCCAGUAGCACAAUGUCACCAGUAAACUCAGACUCUAUGCACAAUAACCACGACAACACUCCUGCUAUGUUAGAAUCGAAAGAGACCGAGGGCAUGGAGGUUUCUGACCACGAUGGCGGCUCUGCAGGUCUGACGAGCAGCAAGGAUAAGAAAAAGAGGACCGGGGGAAACAGGAGACUGAGCAAGAAGAAGACACGAGACGAGGCGGAGGAGAAGAGGACUAUGUGGACCGACUACAUGGCCAAGUUUGAUAUUGCAAAGGUGCACGGCUCUGGAGUUUACGUGGACCUGGGCGGCUACGCAACUGUGGGUUCCUACGACUACAGAAUGCCGACGGGCAAGUGCCCAGUGGUUGGCAAGGCAAUAGUGCUGGAGAACGGAGCGGACUUCCUGAAGAGCAUAACGCACCACGACGUGAAGGAGCGAGGUCUCGCGUUCCCAGCCACCAAGGUGAGCACAAAUUCCUCCAAGGCCGACAUGGAGAACCAACUGCUCUCGCCAAUAAGCGCACAAGUACUCAGGAGCUGGAAUUACAAGCACGAGUCGGACCUGAGCAACUGCGCAGAAUACAGCAAAAACAUAGUGCCUGGAAGCAACAGGAGUUCUAAGUACAGGUACCCCUUCGUGUACGACCAGACCGAUAAGCUGUGCUACAUACUGUACAGCCCAAUGCAGUACAACCAGGGCGUUAAGUACUGCGACACGGAUUCAGCGGACGAGGGCACGAGCAGCCUGGCUUGCAUGUACCCGGACAAGGACAAGGAGGAUUCACACCUCUUCUACGGAACAUCCUCGCUGCACAUGGAUUGGAACGUGGUGUGCCCAGUGUACCCGAUCAGGGACGCAAUAUUCGGCACGUACGACCAGGAAGCUGACGAGUGCGUGGCCAUAGAGCCAAUAUACGUGGAGGAGGCAGACGACUACGCAGAGUGCGCCAAGAUACUCUUCGAGUACUCUCCCAGCGACGUGGACGUCAGCAGCAACAAUCAGACGCUGUCAGACGUGGACCGCUACAAGGACGCCAUGGAGACCGGCAAGCUGAGCACUGCACUUUCCAUAAUGUUUUCGCCCAGAUACUCCGAGGACAGGCCAAUAUACACCAAGGGAGUGGGAAUUAACUGGGCAACUUACAACGUUGAGGAGAAAAAGUGCAACAUUCUCGACGAGAUCCCGACCUGCCUAAUAAUAAGGAACGGCAACUACGCUCUGACAAGCCUGUCAUCCCCGAACGAGGAGGACGCAGUGCCCUACCCUUGUGACAUAAAACAUGGAAAAGGGUACGUAAGAAACAAGAAAAAGAAGGAGACCACUGAGCCAGCCAAGGAGGGCAAGGAGGAAAAGAAGGAAAAGGAAGAGAAGGAAGGAAAGAAGGAGAAGGAGAUGCCGGCAGCUUCAAGCCCCGAAAACGAGUUUAUUCCGUACACGAGUCUGAAGACAGACGGUUUCUCCUGCGACAAGUUCGUGCAUACAGUCUCGAACGGAAGCUGCGGCUCCUACCUCGAGUGCAACACGACGCCGCCUCAGCUGAGCGGCAAGGGUAAGAAGAUUCUCAUGUGGGUGCUCAUAGUGCUGUCACUAGUGAUCGCAAUGGCCGUGGGAGGCUACCUGUUCUACAAGUACUUCUGGACCAAGAGGUUCAAGAAGUACCACUCUGAGAAUUACGACGAUGACAUGUACUUCGACUCUGACCAGGAGUACAACAGCCCCUACAACAUGGAAGGUCAGCGGGCAAACCAGCACGAGUACAACGUGAACAACGACGAGGGCAUUUGGAGCCGGAACGAGCCGAACAACUCUGACUCCUUUUCAUAUAAGAAAAUAAGAAGAUGCGCAUGCAUAUGCUCUCCCAAGAUUCCUACGCUUUGGACGACUCUUGGUAAAUUACUGGAUUUAAUCAUGAAUUUCAAUUACUUGUUUGUCAAUUUACUAUUCUGUGCGGUUUUAUAUAACGUAAAAGUGGCCUUCAAGGCCGUGUAUGCCACUUCCGAUGAUAACACACUUUGUGGAGAUGUAAACACAAGAAUCCCCGUGGUCCUCGUCUUUAACAGCGAGAGAUCCACUAAUCAGUACGACUUCUUUCCAUCGGAAAACAAGGAGACUAUCAUAUAUGAGGCUAAGUGCAACUUCUCCUUCCAGUCUGUCGUCAUCAUGCCCUCCAAGUUCGGCGACCGCAGUCAGCGCGAGGUCCUAUAUGAGGCCGAAAGCCCCUCCACGAGGGCCUACAGGGUCAUCGGCACCACCGAGGGCGAGGAGAAGCGCGUGGAAAUCAGCCUUCUCAACGGGGAAGUGGUAUCCCUCGUGAAAACGCCAUCUUCCACCAAGUACCUGUCGGAGCUUGAAGCCUCCCAGAAGUCCGAGGAAGACAAGAGACAGCAGAGGCAGGCUGCCAACAAGGCUCUUCUUCGCAGGGUGUUAAUAGUAAUGACUGGCCUUUUGAGUGUGGCGAUCGGCUCCGGAACCCUAUACUACCUCAAGAAACGUAGGAUGCAGUCCGAAGGCCCAAGCAGUAACGAAGCACCCGUUUAA